AUGAAGAUAAUCAUGGAUGCGCUCAAUCGUUCAUACCAAAACGACUUUGGAGAUGUAAUAAAUGAUAACAUUUCAAUGAAGAAAUUCAAUUAUUUGGUGAAAAAGCAAAAUAAAUUAGCCAAAAAGGAUAAGAGCGAAUCAGUUGAAAUUGCGCGAGACGCAGGUGGUGAACAGUGGAUACAGGCUGUGGACAAAGUACACCAUUCUCCAAUCGAUCUUACAAGCAAUGGCAUUGCUUUAUCACUAACAGAAAGAUUGAAAAUUGCAAAUUAUAAGAGCGCCCAAUUCAAAUAUGAAGUAUUGAAGAAGGAAAUAGAGAAUGAUCCUGAACUCUUGAAAAAUCAUCUGCAAAACAUGGUCCAUGUUGGCUUAUCAAGUCAUGGUUAUCAUCAAAAGAUUAAAAGAAGAAUAAAGGAUCGUCGUCCAAAUUUGGAGAAAGUCAACUUAUUUAAGAAAAUCACAGUGAAUGAUUUGAUUGAAAAAAGUGUCGAGAAUGUGGUAUUAACAGAAAUGUUAUUGUAUGAUGUUCGUUGUGAUACAGCAUGGAAAGCAGAUUACACGAAGAAAUUCAGCAAAGGCAGAAUAAAAGGAACAAAUGGCGCUGGUUGGGUUCUUCCUCUUCAGAGACUCUGCGAUAAGAUACGACUUUCAUCAGAUUUAAUUGUAAAAUGGUCGCAAUCACAAUUAUUAAUUACCAGAUAA